UUAGGGUCUGGAUUUCGUGAUCUCUUGUUUCAUUUAUAAGCUAUUUAUCGACAUGGAUUUGAUGGCGGAUUCAGGCGGCACCGGGAUGGAGAAGAAGAGGGUGGUGGUAGUCGGAGGAGGUGUCGCCGGCUCUCUUGCCGCCAGAAUCCUUCAAAGACAUGCCAAUGUCGUCCUUGUCGAUUCGAAGGAGUAUUUUGAGAUUCCCUGGGCAAACUUGAGAUCACGAGUUGAGCCGCUGUUCGCAGAAAAAUCAAUCUUUAACCACACAGAGUACCUUCCAAAUGCAGAAGUUAUUGUUUCUUCUGCAGCUAAUAUCACCGAAAGUGAAGUAUUGACUGCACAAGGCCAUCAUAUUGCGUAUGAUUAUCUUAUCAUCGCCACAGGUCAUGUUGAUCGUGGUCCUCAAUCUAAAAUGGAGAGGAUUAACGGUUACCUGGCAGAGCAUGAAAAGCUGAAGUCAUCUAAUUCAGUACUGAUAGCUGGAGGGGGUCCUACUGGUGUGGAACUUGCUGGGGAAAUUGCCGUUGAUUUUCCUGAGAAGAAGGUGACACUAGUUCACCGGGGGUCAAGGCUAUUGGAAUUUAUUGGGCCAAAAGCUGGCAAAAAAGCACUGGAGUGGUUGAGAUCAGAAAAAGUUAGCGUCAUCAUGGGCCAAUCCAUCAAUCUGACUUCUGUCUCGGAUGGUGUUUACCAAACAUCUGGAGGAGAAAGUAUUAGUGCUGAUUGCUUUUUUGAUUGCACGGGCAAAGAUAUGGGUUCCCUGUGGCUCAAGCAGACUAUUCUGAAGGAUAGUUUGGACAUUCAUGGAAGGUUAAUAGUUGAUGAGAAUAUGCGGGUGAAGGGUCACAAGAAUGUCUUUGGUAUUGGAGAUAUUACCGAUGUUCCUGAACUAAAACAAGGGCAUUCAGCACGAAGACACGCCAUGGUGGCUGCCAAGAACUUGAAGCUGCUGUUAUCAGGAGGAGCCGGGAGCGGGAUGGCUAUCUAUAGGCCAGCUCGACCAGUGGCAUUCGUUUCACUAGGGAGAAACCAAGCAGUGGCACAGAUUUUCUGCCUAGCAAUCAUGGGAAGCAUACCCGGGAUGAUUAAAUCCAAGGGCUUGUUUGUGAAGAAGACAAGGAAGCGACUUGGGCUCAAACCUGAUCCUGCAUAGGCUGGCGCCUAUAAACCAAAGGUGAUCAUAUUCAUAGAUGAGCUGCCUUAAAAAGUGAUUGUUACUAUCUCUCUGUUAGUGUUCUUCUAUUCUCAACCCACAAUACCCCUUCUAAAUGUAAUGAUCACCUUAAUUUGAGGCAAAGCCUUUAAA